CGUGUACACUGGGAAGCAGGAAGUACUUCAGUCGGUGCCUGUAAACAACAACAUGUUUCCAGGCCUCAGUCCGCUGGUUCAAGCCCUGCUGGGGACUCUGUUCACCUGGGCACUGACUGCAGCGGGAGCAGCGCUGGUCUUCAUCUUCUCCAGCCGACAGAAGCGGAUUUUGGAUGGCAGUCUGGGAUUUGCAGCAGGGGUUAUGCUCGCGGCCUCGUAUUGGUCUCUGCUGGCUCCUGCUAUUGAGAUGGCAGAGGAUUCUGGGAAAUAUGGAGACUUUGCUUUUCUCCCGGUGGCUGUGGGCUUCGCUCUCGGAGCUCUGUUCGUUUAUCUGGCAGACCUGAUGAUGCCCGCUCUGGGCGUGGGGUCGGACCCUCACAUGUCUCUGGCUCUGCCGUCAGACCUCAAACUAAACAAAGAGAAGAAGAAGAGCUCGCUGGUGGGACUGAGCAUAGAAGAAGAAGAAGAAGAUGAGAUGUCCAUCAGGAUAGGUAGAGCUGGAAUCCAGUCAGGCAAGAUCUUCUUCUCCAGACCACAGUCUCUACUCAAUGUCAAACACACGUACAGAUGCUGCUUUCUCUCCGCUGCGGUGUUCGGGUUUACUGUGCUCUCUUCAUCAGUUUCCUGGGCUUUCUGGAGGGGAUUUUCUGCUUCUUUUCUUUCUGGUUACGCUUUAAAAACUUGA